AUGAUAACUGAUAAGAUCGUGUUUAUGCUUAUUCUUCAAGAUUUCAUUUUCUUCGUGUUUUCUUCAUUCUUCUGAUACUAUCAUUUUUAUAUAAUUUUGACUGAUAACAGAAAACCAUUCAAGCUGAAGCCUAUUUUAAACUCUUUACUGUAAUAUCGCAGACGCCAUAUAGAACGCGUAAUAAGUUCUUAAGGCAAAAUGGGCGCAGCUAAAAUAGAACGUUCUAUUUCCCCAUGUUCACAAGCUUCUCCAACGAAUCCUACCGUGGGUUCUGCUACCUCCUACUACUCUCCAGCAAUGGAUAUGGAUCCAAAGGACAUGCCGGAAACAGCUUUUGUGAUCGCUUUUUGCGUCAAGUUCAGGAGCGCCAUCAACAACAUCUCAUUCUGGCCAGAGGAUUUAGACGAAGCGAUUUGUUGCAAAGAGGGUCCUAAUACUCUCAUAGAGUCAUUACACAAAGCAUUUAUACAUAACCUUGAGGUGAAAAAAACAAGGACCUCAUGGAUUAGAAGGCUCGCUAAAUUGUUAAAUGAUUGGCGAGAGAGGGGCAAUGAUUUCUUUACCGAUCACAAUCCAAUAGAGCGAGUAAACUACGAUUACUAUGGUAUGAGUAAUCGAGACAAGGUCAUGAUAAUGCAAGUCCUCGUGAGCUGGCAACUUGCGGAGUCACCCGAAAUAAAGAGAAUCAGAAAAGAGCAUAAUGAGAUAAUAAAUGAUGACGAUGUAAGGCCUUUAGAAGUUGAAGUCCUAGGUGAAGACACAAGCGGAUCCCGAUAUUAUUAUAUUGGGAUUGGAGUCAGAAUUUACCGGGAGUCAAUGAUCUCAGGGCGUGCAAAAUGGGAGACUGUCUCUAGCACGGUCGAAGAAUUAAAAAAGUUCAUUUUCGACUACCAGGGCAUUGAUCCGAACAGGUCGGAUCGAGAACGAAUUUUAUAUAAUAAACUCGUUACUACUGUAUUGCCAUAUCUCGAACCCUUGGAAAAUGAAAGAAAGAGACUUAGGGAAAAUAUCUUGCAUAAAGUAGAACGUGAUAGAGAAAUCCGCUUAAAAAAAAUAGAAAAAGACCACAAUGAUGCAGAGAUUCUUCUGGUGAGAACCCGUUCUCAAGCUAAACAAUCUGUACAUAAAGAAGUGAGAAAUACAACAGGUUACCUUGAGAUCAUUAAGAAUCCCACUGAUCUCGCUAUCGUUAUCGAUGAUAAAAAAGUCGUGGUGAAUACUUCUUUGGAUUAUGCUAAUGGCACUAUCAAAGACCCUGAAAGUCCAACCAUGGUGCAAGAAGCCGUAGAAAGUAAAAAUUUCAUUAAAGAAAUCAUGAAUCCCAUAACGAGCAAUGAAAACAAAAAUUUUGUUGCGAUCGAAAAUGAUAUGAACCCCACUAGCAUGCAAAAUGCAGUGAAGAAAGAUAAUGAUGUUAAGGGUCUACUAGACAAAGUAGAUAUUAAAGAAUCUGUAGAGAGUAAGGGUUCACUUGGAGAUGUUACUGUUGCAGAUACCCUUGCUAAUGAAGAUAUGUCGGACUACGAUGAUAAACUCCCAAGCAAGAGUGAACAAAGCGAGAGAUCAACAGAGUCCCGCUGUGAGGACAAUUCAAAUUCAAAGAUGAAUCUUUCAUCGAUAUUAACUGAAGAGGUCUCUAGAGAAGCAGAAAACGUUGAACAGCGCUCGGAAUUAUCAAAAAUGGCAAUUUCUAAUAUUUUAUCAAGUGAAAGCUCAGAUGUUGUUCAUACAGAUAAUAAAUAUUUUGAUGAAGGGGAAAUAGACAAUGAAAAUAAUAAACACGAAAAUCCAAUGUUCGAACAACAUAGAAAUGGUAAUUUGGUAUAUACCAUUGUCCAAAAAUCUAAUGAUAAAGAACCUAAAGAAAAUAAAAAAGUCGCACCGGUUGCUGUCGUCAAGGAGCAGAAUGGGGAGCGGAAUGGGGAGCAGAAUGAGGAGCAGAAUGAGGAGAAGAAUGAGGAGAAGAAUGAGGAGCAGAAUGAGGAGAAGAAUGAGGAGAAGAAUGAGGAGCAGAAUGAGAAGCAGAAUGAAGAACAGAACGAGGAACCGUAUGAUGAACAGAAUAAUGAGAAGAAAGGCAGUAAUACUCCAAUUGUCAACAACGAUACGGUAAGGACUCCAUGGGCCCCUGUGGUUAAUAAAAAUCGAAAGGGAAAAACCGUAGAAGUUAUUGACGACGCACUAAUUGAGCCCAAAACAAAACGGGCUUUUGUUCCUGAUGCAGAAACAAUGAUCAAAUUAGAAUGGUCGUUAAACCACCCUGUAUUUAGACUCGACGAAGAAGUAUUUGGUGAAUCUACCGAUACAGAUUUAUCAGAUUGUUGUCCAGACUGCGCAAUGGAAAUAGAUUAA